CGGGCCGUUGGACUAUAUAUAUUAGUCGACAUUACAAUGGACUCGAUUGUUUACUGCCUGGUCAUACAAGCAGACUUGUCAAUGUGUUUCAGUCUGAAUCUGCAGUUUGAGAUAACUGACCACCAUGUCUGAGCUCGCCCGCACCCUGCCAGCAUCCUGGUACUGCAGCUCCCAGCUGUAUCAACUCGAAAAGAGAGCGGUCUUCAUGAAGUCAUGGUAUCUUCUGGGCCCAGUGACCAGGUUCUGCAAAGUUGGAGAGAAAAUCGAGUAUGAAGUGGCUCAGCAGCCCAUCGAGGCCUUCCGAAGCUCUGGAGAGACACCUGUUCCAGGCGCAGAGGAAAUCCAGGUGGUGUGCGCCAAAACGGAGAAACCCCGUCGCUUCCACAUCACAAACACCGGCCUGGUCUUCACAACGGUGUCAGAUGAUGCUCCCAGCUUCGAUGAAUUCUUUCCCGACCUGGAGCCGCUGCUGUCCAAAGUGGAUUUUACCCGGCUGCCCUAUAAGCGGAGCAUCAGCUACGAGGGGCGUUUCAACUGGAAGACCAUGGUAGACGGCUACCAAGAGUGUCUUCACUGCCAGUACACGCACCCGUCCUUCUCGGUCUACUACCCGCCGACGACGUACAUGGUGCACAACCACAAGAACUUCUCGCAGCACAUUGCCGAUCCCAACAAGGCGGACGACGGGCUGUUCCUCUACUUCUUCCCCAACUGCACGCUGAAUGUGUACGGCGGGGGCAUGUCGUCGUUCCGCGUCUGUCCCACCGAGGACCCUAAUGUGACCCGCAUGGAGUUCGACUACUACCAUAAGGAGUCGGGCGACAAGUUCGAAGACUACUAUAAGUUUGUGCGCCAGGUGGCCUUGGAGGACUUCGAGCUGUGCGAAAAAGCCCAGCACAAUCUUGGAAUGGGAAUCUACACCGAGGGCAUACUCAAUCCGGAGAAAGAAAAUGGCGUGUCUCACUAUCAAAACCGUGUCUUUGAGAUGGUUCGUCAGCAGUACACGGAGGAUCAAGAACGCCCCGAGGCUGACCAGUUGACUGUGUCAGAGACGUAUUCUGGACACGUCAAAGCCGCUGCGUGAUGGACAGAUAAGCCCGAAGGAAUCAUGGGGGUCACGAUUACUUAGUCUUUAGUCAUGGGAGUAGCACUGUAACUAUCUUUUCAGGUCCUAGAUAUGAUAAGAAUGAAAGCAGUCAUUUACCAGAUUGA